GCCAGCUCCCAGGCUCAGAGCACAGCGUUCACUGCCUCAGAGAGCCGGCCGGCCUUUUCCCUCGCAGAGCAUUUCCCAGGAUACCAGCUGCUCAAGGCCCAUGAUGGAUGCCCUGAGACUGGCAAAUUCGGCUUUUGCUGUUGACUUGUUCAAACAGCUAUGUGAAAAGGAGCCAGCGGGAAACAUCCUCUUCUCUCCAUUAUGUCUCUCCACCUCCCUGUCACUCGCUCAAGUGGGUGCCAAAGGUGACACAGCAAAUGAAAUUGGACAGGUCCUUCAUUUUGAGAAUGUCAAAGAUGUACCAUUUGGGUUUCAAACAGUCACUUCUGAUGUUAAUAAGCUCAGUUCAUUUUACUCUCUGAAACUAAUCAAGCGACUCUACAUAGACAAAUCUCUGGACCCUUCUAUGGAAUUUAUCAGUUCUACAAAAAGACCAUAUGCAAAAGAAUUGGAAACUGUCGACUUCAAAGAGAAACUGGAAGAAACGAAAGGUCAAAUUAACAGCUCUCUCAAGGAACUCACAGAUGGCCACUUUGAGAACAUUUUAUCGGAGAACAGUAUAAAUGACCAGACCAAAAUCCUUGUGAUUAAUGCUGCCUACUUUGUUGGAAAGUGGAUGAAGAAAUUUCCUGAAUCAGAAACAAAAGAAUGUCCAUUCAGAGUCAACAAGACAGAAACCAAACCGGUACAAAUGAUGAAUCUUGAAGCCACGUUCUGUUUGGGCAACAUUGAUGACAUCAAUGCUAAGAUCAUAGAACUUCCCUUCCAGAAUAAGCAUCUCAGUAUGCUCAUCGUGCUCCCCAAGGAUGUGGAAGACGAGUCCACAGGCCUAGAAAAGAUUGAAAAACAACUCAGCCCAGAAACACUGUUGCAGUGGACCAACCCCAGCACCAUGGCCAACGCCAAAAUCAAGCUCUCCCUCCCAAAGUUUAAGGUGGAGAAGAGAGUUGAUCCCAAGGCUAGUCUGGAAAGUCUGGGCCUGAAAAGUCUCUUCAAUGAAAAUACAUCUGACUUCUCUGGCAUGUCAGAGACCAAGGGAGUGGCCCUAUCAAGUGUGAUUCACAGGGUAUGCCUAGAAAUAAAUGAAGAUGGGGGCGAGUCCAUUGAGGUGCCCGGAUCCCGGAUCUUGCAGCACAAGGAUGACUUCAAUGCUGACCACCCAUUUAUUUACAUCAUUAGACACAACAAAACACGAAACAUCAUUUUCUUUGGCAAAUUCUGUUCUCCUUAAGUGGCAAGGCCCUGCAAAGUCUCAGGUAACUUGUCUGUGGUUGCAGAUCUCUGUAAACUUUGUGUGCAGACAACCACUUUCUAUACAAUAAAUUGUUAAUUUUGCUGAAUCAGGAAGUGGCUGGUACUUGUCAUACGCAGCCUUUACACUAACAGACACUUCUUUUCCAAUUCCUUUUUAUUUUCCUUUGUCAAAUAAAAUGGCACAUGCUUGUAAUGAAGGGGAAAUCACUUUAGCAGAAAAUAUGUGUUCUUCAUUUGUCAAAGCAUCCGGAGCUAUUGAUAAAAAUGCAGACUCCCACACAGGAAUUCCCGUAAGGAUGAUGUGGAAGACAUUAUUCUCAGAACUUCACCUUUCUUCACUGAGAUAAAGAAUGUUUUAGACAUUUACACUCUUUUAAAGACUUGAGAAACUCUAGCAUAUGGGGCCCAUAAGAAUACCCCUUUCCAAUGAAAUUUGUGUACACGUCACAAUGCUGUGGGUCCAGAAGUCUUCAUGUUAAAAAACCCCGAGAAACACUUUUUUCAAUGUCUUAAUGACUUUAGAAAGAUGACAUGUUGUAAAUAGUAUAUAUUAUGGAACUCCACAAAUAGGGUCUGGAAUGUUACCCUGUAAGCCAAUACUUUAUUCAAACAAAAUAGGUACAUAAAGAUAGUUCACAAGUGAUCAUUUUUUUUUUCAGAAAAAAAAGAGUAAGUUGUCAGCACAUGGAAACACCCUGCAGAACAUUCUAGAUCUUGGAGUGUUAGAUAAAGAAUUCUGGGCCCAUUUUAGCUGAAGACUAAGAUCCUAGGGGGAAGCUCAGCUUUUACAAAAUCGGCUUUUGUUUUUCCUAGCUGCCCGUGCUCCUGGUCAUUUGGGUGGUGUGAUUGCUGACAGGGCUUGAAGUCUACAGGGAUUCUCUUGAUGAAAAGAGAGUCUCGUGACUUUGUCUAAUGUGACAGUGGGAAAAGGGGAGGGAUCCCAAACCUUCAGAAAGCACAAGCAAAACUAUUCAAGUACCCAUCAUGCUUUGGCAUAUGUUUUUUUUUUCAGAUCUAGCUAUUAUAAAGCAGUUUGUAAUCUGCACAAAUAAAUUAUAAAAUGGUUCUGAUAAGUUACUUAUGUGGCAACCUAACCUAAUGUUUCAAUUCAUCCCAGAAGGAAGUAUUUGCUGUGGUUUUUCUUACAUGCCUCCCCUUUUCCAAUUCAUUGCCAUUUAUUCUAAAUAAGGUUCUUUUUCUCCUGAAGGUUCAAUGGUGGCUGAUUUUUUUUUUGUUUUGUUUUUUUGUGCUGUUGACAAUAAAAUACUAUUGGAUUGUG